GCCCGGCGGGGCGGGGCGGGGCUCGGCCAGCCAAGGCUGGGAGCGGGAACCGGCAGCGGGAAGCGGCCGCCGCCCGGGGCAGCCCGAGGCUAGGCAGGGCGAAGCCAGGCGGGGCGGGGCUGGGCGCCACGGGAAGGGGAGGCCGGGCCGCCUAGGGACCGAACGACCGAGCCACUCUCCCAACGCCAGCCGCGAUGGGGCUGGAGACCGAGAAGGCCGAUGUGCAGCUUUUCAUGGCCGAUGACGCCUACAGCCACCACAGUGGCGUCGACUAUGCAGAUCCUGAGAAGUAUGUUGACUCGAGUCACGACCGGGAUCCUCACCGGCUCAACUCUCAUCUCAAGCUAGGCUUCGAGGAUCUGAUUGCAGAGCCUGAGACUACACACUCCUUUGACAAAGUGUGGAUCUGCAGCCAUGCCCUCUUUGAAAUCAGCAAAUAUGUUAUCUACAAGUUCCUGACGGUGUUUCUGGCCAUCCCCUUGGCCUUCGUUGCGGGUAUCCUGUUUGCUACCCUCAGCUGUCUGCACAUCUGGAUCCUAAUGCCAUUUGUGAAGACAUGCCUAAUGGUCUUGCCUUCCGUGCAGACGAUAUGGAAAAGUGUGACAGACGUUGUCAUUGGUCCAUUGUGUACAAGUGUGGGACGCACCUUCUCAUCUGUUAGCGUGCAACUGAGCCACGACUGACCACUCAGACCCCAGGUCUAAACAUUUGGAUACUGUACAACUUUGUUGAUGUAACACAAAUGCACUUCCCAACUGUUAUAAUUAAUCUUAAGAUAGAACCCAGGUUUAUCGAUGUUCACUGUCAGAUCUUUACAAAUAAUGAUUUCCUCACUAAAAGCCAAGGAUUCUAUAUCUAAUUGUAUAGUGAGAAUUGGCAACGCUCAAUGUAGGGACAGCUUUAUGCUUAAGGAAAAAACAUAUAAUUGUAGUGAUGACUUGAUAAUGGUCAAAGGGCAACUUCCUCAGACAUUAGAAUAAUUUUGUGCAUAACUGCUCAUAAAAGUAAGGAAUUUCUUAUUUUAUUUACCUCUAGGAAUAAUGUUCUUAAAGCUACUUUUACAGAUAUGGUCAUAAGGCCAGCUAGCUAGAGGUAGUAUAUUCCAACAUACUAAAAACCUUGUGCAGUAACAAAAGCAUAUACUUAUGAUAAUAACUAUCAAAUAUAAUAAGACAGAUAAAUGUGAAAAUGUGUUCCUCUGUGAUAUUAACCUGCAAGCCUAUUUAACAAGAUGUUUUGUUUUUCUGUAUAUUGUAUACCUAAAGCAAGUGUUACUCUAAUGCAGUCACUUUGGGGUGUGUUUUUCUUGCAUUUGCUAUCUUAUUGAUCUCAUAUAUAAAGCAAGUAUAGCUACCAUAGGGUAACUUUCUUUGUAAAACUGUGAUGUCAUAUAUGAGAAUGUUAUAGCUUCUUUGGAAUCCAGUGUAAAAUGUGCUGUCGGGGUGUCUUCUCCAGCUGACCCAGCAGAUGUUUUAUAACUGGGCUUCACCUGGCUGUGGUCCUAAGACGUGCAGUUGUUCUGUUUACUAGAAGUUUUCUCCUGAAUAGUCAGGAACUUAUUCUGUACUCUACAUUCCUAUGAAUACUUCACUUACUUUCAAGUAACUCUGGUGCUAGUUAAUAUUUUUAUGAUAAAGGCUGUCUCUAACAACUAAGCACAUUUUUUUUUUACUACAGUGGCUCAUGUAGAGAAACUUACAGGAGAAUUAAAAAUUGUGAAGGUUUAUAAAACUGAAGCACACAUGUAAAUUAAAAACUAACAGUUACAAAUUUUCAAGAUGUUCUCUGAGUAACCCAUAAAACAUUAUUUCCUUUUUCAAUUCUAGACCUAUUUUAGCAUUAACUUAGUAUGGUCUUUUAAUAAAUGGUAUAUAAAAACUUUCUAUACUAUAAUUAUGAAAUUUUUCAAAUUUUAGAACUAUAUCAAAACACGAAUGAGCAUUUGCUUGAAUAUGCUCAUGGGUGUCAAAUCUUGACUGGAUGAAGAUAAAUAAUUUUUUUUUCAAAUUUUCAACUCUGGUCAGUAUUAUAGGUGAUUGAGUGAAGAUUCUAUUGCAGACCAUAUCAAAAUAUCAUAUCAAAAGACUAAGUUAUAAAACUCAUAUCAAUUUGAUGGUAAACAUAAAAGAAACAUUUCAAAACAUCCUUAGGGUAUUGUACCAUCCUCAGAAAAAGAAGUCAUAGCUUGGUAAUAGCCACAAAGCUUGGCCAUUAGUGAAGAUUGUAUUAUACUGGUUCCCAAGGUCAGUCUCAUGACUUUAUAUUAUUUUUGUAAUUUAAGUAUUAAACACCUGGAUAUAUUGAUUAGUCAAAUUUUUAACAAUAAAAUAUCAGUUUAAUAAAUUAUAAGCUUCAACCUUUUUAAAUAGUUCUAGCAGAUUUUAAAGACAAGUAUGUAUAAUUAUAUAUAAAACCCUUUAAUUUCUAAUAUAUAUGUUUGCCUUUUUCUAAAUAAUAUUGAUUACUUUCAAGUGAACUUUUACUGAAACUUUUCAUGAAUUAUUUUUGUCUCAAAUAAUCAAAUUAUGUAUAAAAGGAAUCAAAGUUAAAUAUGCAAAUAUGUUGGUUCUUUUUGGGGGGCAGUUGGAAGUAAAAGGCAAAGAAAUUUCCUCAUUAUCUAUAAUAAACAUCUUUAAAAGCA